CCAAGAUGUCGAUCUUCAUUGGAAAACCCUUAUGUGGCCAAUCGAUCGGUGUACGUACACCUUCGGCCAUCUGCACGACAGAAUCCUGCAGCAGGCUGUUAGAGCAUGCCUACAGGCUCUCUGGUCAAUUCAGCAGGGUAUAUUAGAAAGUAAAUCAGCUAGCUUCUAGACCUGCAAGUCGAGUGUGGUUUAAGAGGACUGCAAUCGACCCGAACCAUCUGGCCGCUCAGUUGCUUCUUCCACUCUGAGCCACACACACCCUUUGCUUGGCGGCAAGAACUAAUCACUAUGCCUGCAUCAAACCCGCAAGCAGAUUCCUUUGCAACCCUGCUCUCCCUGCUGCAGGCAGACGAGAUUAUCACAUCCAAUUCCCCAGAUUAUGAGGCCAGAGCCCAGACCUGGGCCGCACAAAAGCAUGCAAGGCCCCGCCUGGUACUCCGACCCACCUCUAUCGAGUCGCUCAGCAGGGUGCUUGCCUUCCUGUACAGAACGAGGCUUGACUUUGCCAUCUACGGCCAAGGGUUUAGUUCCGCCUCAGCUAAGGAUGUCGUGGUCAAUAUGUCAGGCUUCGAUGACUUCCACUUCGAUGCACCGGGGGAAGUGGUGACUGUUGGUGCUGGACAGACAUGGUCAGAUGUCUAUCGGAAGCUCGCUGAUGCGGCACCAGAGUAUGGCAUCGUGGGCGCCCGGACACCUUGUGUCGGCGUAGCUGGAACCAUUGUCAAUGGCGGCUACUCGUGGGUUUCCAGCGAGUAUGGCUGCAUCUCCGACCAGGAUAACAUGCUGGACGCCAAGGUGGUCAAGUAUGACGGAUCGGUGGUGUGGGCGUCUACGGAACCGGAAUUACUCUGGGCACUGCGUGGGGGUGGUGGCGGCUUUGGCGCCCUGGUCCAGGUCAAGCUCCGGGUUUUUCCCUACCCCCAGCAUAUCUGGGCCGGGCCCAUUCUGGUGCCGAGGGGAAGGUUGCAAGAAGUCGCGGAGGGCAUCGCGAACUUCCUCUGCCGGCCGGUCAGUCCCAGGAUAACCAUGUUCCUGUACGUGGUUAAGGGACGCCUGCUCGAGUCGCUUGGCACGGACGAGGACAUGUUAGUCAUCCAUGCCUUCGACGCCAACGGCGAGGAGCACGGUCGGGCCCACUUCCGGUGGGCGUUGGAUAUCCCCGGCGCCAUCGACCAGACCAAGAUUACGACCCUUGCCGGGGUUGCAAACCUGCAAGACAAGGCUGGUAUUGUCAAAGGCACUAUGAAGCAGUUUUGGCAACCAUUGCUACUCAAGGAGAUCUCGAAAGACAUCGUUAUUAAGGCCGUCAGAUGGUUCGAAGAGAUCCGAAAGAUCGAUUCCUCACUAGGCGACUGCACCUAUUUGAUCUUCGAACUCUUAAGCUCGAGUGACCCAGUGGGUGGCAUGUCCGGUUCUGCCUGGCCCAGACCUAGUGAUACGAAGCAUAUCAUCCUCCUCGGCACUGGAUGCCCUGCGGAUGCCGGUCCCACCCAAGAGGAACUGGCUCGCGAUCUCGCUAUCCAGGCCCCCUCCAGGGUAUUGGGAGAUUAUGCGGAGUUCCACGUGUUGCCAAACGGCUUUGAGGACUACCAUGAUACGACAAAGAUCUGGGGGCCGCAUGUUGCCAAAUUGCGGGAAUUGCGGAGGUGGUAUGACCCAGAUGGAAGAUUCAAGGGCGCUAUUGGUGUGCAGACUGACUCAGGGUGAAGGUAGUAUUUGAUUAACACGUAGUUAUUCAUAUUUUAUGAAACCUGGGACGAAGACUAGG